CAGUCAAAUGUCAAUUUAAUUAAAAAAAACAGCGUUGAAAGACAAAAUAAUUGAUUAACAUUAUUACUUAAUUAUUUUGUUAAACAUUAAAAUAAUUGUAUUUCUGUCUAUAGGAUUAACGCCUUAAAAAUAGUAUAAACUAUAUUUAUAGGCACACAAAGUCUCAAGUUACCUACCGAUUACAAUUUAUAUUGUCUACAACUUGUUUCGCUUUAAAGAAUACGCGACUAUGUCUGAAAAUAAGCCUAUGUCUUUAAAACUUUAUAAUUCAAUCGUUAAAGAUUUUAAUAAAAUGACAUCAUUUGGCAGGAAAGCUCAAAAUGAAUUGAAGAAAAAGUAUAAAGAAGUACCAUCUCCGACAUUGGGUAGUAUUAUAUCUUUACUUGUGCAAAGAUCUAUGAAACAAAAUUAUCGGAAAUCUCCAGUUUUAUCAAACAAAUAUUAUGAAUUAUAUGAAGAGUUGAUGAAGGAUAAAAAUAAAGAAGAUGUUAUAAUAAAAUUGGCAGACAGUCAAGGUAUUAGUCCAGCUCUGUUUGUAAGAUCACUGCUUCAAAAAGUUUGCUCGGAUUCUGCUGAAGUAAAAAAAUAUUUAAAAGACUCAACAUUGAUUGAAAACAGCGAUUUAGCCUAUCAAGUAUUUUUGGGUAUUAUGAAUGACAAUCAAUAUGGUCCAUAUGUAGAUAUCAUCAAACAGUCUAUAGGAUUAGAAUAUGAAUUGCGACUGGAAAGUGAAUUAAGAACUAUGAACAUAUCAUUUUCUGAUGAAAAUCUACUCAGAUUGCAUGGAUAUGACAAAACUCCUGAUUUUAAACUGGAUGUUCCUAUUGCUGUAGAUGGAUUUAUUGUGAACUGGAUAGAAAGCAAAGCACUUUUUGGUGAUGAGGAAAAUCAUUUAGGUUACAUGAAAGAUCAACUAUUGUGUUACUGGAAUAGAUUUGGCCCAGGGCUAGUCAUAUAUUGGUUUGGUUAUUUGGAAACAUUAGACUCCACACCUGAAGUUAAUAAUAUGUUUAUUUUACGAACAAAAUUUCCAGAAAAAACAAGUAUAACACAAUACAAAAUUGAUUUGUGAAAUAAAGUUUAAAAUUAAAUUUGA